AUGGAUCUUAUACAGGUGAGUGAAAUAUUUGCCAUAACCGGGUAUUUUCUUCAGUUGUGUACGUGUAUCGCAAAGCCUGGAUAUUUCUUGCCGUUAGCUUCGCUAGGAAAUGCAUUUGAAAGUAUUCAAUAUAGUAUUUUUGGCGCUACGCAUAUGGCAUUUAUUAGGAAUUUUGCACUGUCUGGCAAUGUUGGCGAUAUUGUAGCAAAGGAUGAUGCACAAAUGUCCUUGGCACAUUUAUUGGGGAUGUUAUGCGGUGUUGGCCUGAUAACCAUCUCACAUGGUCCAGCUUUUUUGUUUUCGUGUUUUGCUAUAUUGGCUCCUCUGAAUAUGGGUGCAACUUUAGCACUUUUAAAUGCGGCACAAUUCGAAAUACUGAAUCAAGCAAAACUAUCAUUAAUCGCUCGCCAAUAUAUUGAUGGUGGUGAAGUGCCAACAAUGGAAGAACUUAAAGACAGAGAGAUUGGGUUUGGGGAAUGGAUAAGACCGAAAAAGAGCCCUAUUGGUGUGAAGAUAAGAAUGGGUGUUCCUGCUUCUGACGCCUUUCAUACAAGUGAACACGUUCAAAGGGCAUUGGCCGUUUUAUCGAAUGAAAAUUACCUAUUAAGUUACAAUCCGUAUAAGAACACAAUUGAUACGCUCUACCAUUCAGACGCCGAAUCUAAUGAUGUUAUCAAAUCCAUACUUCAUUCACUGAAAUUUCACGAUCUAAUCGUUGCAAAUCGGCUUCCUGACUCACGGAACGUCAGCGAUGAAAUAAUAACUAAAGCGAUGCAAGAAAGUCACACAUGGACGAAUCAAAAAUUUGGAAAUUUCGUGGCUGAAUUAGACGAUAAGGAUUGGCAGAGUGAUGUGGUAUUUUGGAAGGACAAGGGAUUCAGAGUAAGAUGGGAACGUAUAAAAGAUACAGAGAAGUUAUAG